AUGAACAGAGCAGCAAAGAGAUCAUAUUUUCAUUCCCACGAGACCAAUUCCAAAGACUUUUGGAGCUCUUGUAAACCUUUUUUUUCGAACAAAUCUCGCGGUAGUGAAAAGAUUUCUUUGUUAGAUGAUGAUAAAAAUGAAUUCAUCUCUGAUGAAGGUGAAGUAGCGACAAUGUUUAAUAAAUAUUUCAUAGAUUUAAUAAGGAAACUCGAUUUAAAACCCUGGAAAUCCAAAGUGGCCUCUUCAGUAUCUCUAAAUGAACUUGAUUCUAUCCUUCUCCAUUAUGCUGAUCACCCUAGUGUUUUAAAGAUCCGUUCAAAAACGAAGAGAAACUUCUCCUUUUUACCUGUUAAUCCUGAGGAAGUUCAUAAAGUGAUACUGAGCCUAAAUGCAAAAAAGGCAGUCAGUGGCCCAAUUCCAACGAGAAUAAUUCAGAUAGUUGCAGACAAAAUUUGCUUGCCACUUACAAACUGCAUAAAUUCUUGCAUCACUGACGGUAUAUUUCCAUCAGUACUGAAACUAUCUGAAGUUAUUCCCGUUUUCAAAAAGGGUGCCAAUUCUCGGAAAGAAAAUUACCGACCAAUUAGUAUUUUAAAUAGUUUUUCUAAAAUUUUGGAACGGCUUCUAUUUAAUCAGAUUUCUAGCUAUUUUCAACCAAUAUUUUCAUCAUUAUUAUGUGGUUUUAGAAGUAAAUAUAGCACCCAAAAUGCUCUAUUUCGCCUAAUUGGUAAAUGGCAUCAGUGCUUAGAUAAGUCUGGGGUGGUGGGAACUGUCUUAAUGGACUUGUCAAAAGCAUUUGAUUCCAUAGAUCAUGGCCUUUUAAUCUCAAAAUUGGCUGCUUAUGGUUUUGAUAGAAAAAGUCUUUACCUUAUGAAAAGUUAUUUCUCUGGACGUUUUCAAAGAACCAAAAUCUGCAGUUCUUUUAGUGAGUGGCUCUCAAUUGUUUUCGGCGUUCCACAAGCCUGGUUUGAAAACAACCAAUUGGUUGCUAAUCCAGCAAAAUUUCAGCUGAUGUUUUUAGGUUGUCCACACAGUGAUACUUUAUCGCUAAGAAUAAGCAAUAACUUCCUAGUCGCAUCGGAAUCUGUAAAAUUAUUAGGCAUUACUAUUGAUAGAUGUCUCACUUUUAAUGAGCACAUCUCUAAUCUAUGUAAAAAAGGAAAUAGCAAUGUCAGAUGUCUUCACAGAAUAAGACGAUUCAUUAGUUUUGAACAUUCAAAGUUAUUGCUUAAUUUCUAUAUUUUAUCAAUAUUUACCUAUUGUCCCAUUAUAUGGAUGUAUUGCAGUGCUGUGCAGUAUAAAUUAAUCAUUUCAACACACAAACGUGCAUUGAGAGCUGUAACAAAAGACUAUCAUUCCAGUUAUCAGGACUUGCUGGUAAAUUGUAACAGUGUGCAAAUUCACGAACUGCAUUUACGUAUAAUCUGCAUAGAGAUUUAUAAAACAUUAACAGACGAAAAUCCGUCAUUUAUGCAGUCUUUUUACGCUAUAAGACGUAUCAGUUACAAUUUGCGCAGCAAAAAUAGUCUACUUUUACCAUCCACAAGUUCAACACGCUUUGGUACUAGAUCUUUUUUGUUUCGAAGUUUUGGUGUAAAUUAG